CGUCGCCGUUACCUCCGCCUCCAAUCUCUCUCCUCACCCCGCCAAAUUCUUUCUUUGGUACACUUGAUGACUUGCAAACGGUUCAGGCUCCAAGGGUUCGGAGCUUCCCCCAUGUAGAUGGCAAUUAUGCUGUACAUGUUUACAUCCCAGAAGUUUGACAAGAUGGCUCUGAUGAGGGAGCAGCUCCGUGCUCGGCUAGCUUCUAGCAAGACGUCCGUCCCAGAGAAGAACGAGGGUUCGAUGGCUAAGAAGUUUGACAGGAUGACUCUGAUGAGGGCGCAGCUCCGUGCUCGGCUAGCUUCUAGCAAGACGUCCGUCCCCAAACAGAAGGAGGGUUUGAUGGCUCAGAAGUUUGACAGGAUGACUCUGAUGAGGGCGCAACUCCGUGCUCGACUAGCUUCUGGCAAGAUGUCUUUCCCCAAGGCACCUGGGCAAUCAAAGGCGAGCCCCAAGGCACCUAGGCAGCGAGAUGAGGUGAUGCAGGAUAACAUGGUUGAGCAGGAUCAGGGUGUGCACCACACGGAGGAUAGGGUCUUCUCGCAGGUGAGUGGCUCGCCGGUUCUGCCCGGAUAUAAGAGGAUGAGGACGGAAGAGGAUGAGUCAUCAUCUGGUCCUACAACGGCUUUCUUUUUGUCGGACUCUCGUGAGAGGCAAAGACGAGUUGUUCGAUCUAUGAAUGUCUUGUGUAGGGAUGCAGAUGAGGACUAUCUUGAUUCGAUGGAUCCUACACAGGAGGUGAAUGAGAUGCACCAAGCGUGGGCUGAGUUUUCCAUUCGUGCCACAUCCAUGAUGCGCCGCUAUCGCUACUUCAGAGAAUUACAAGACAAGGUGGAUGAGCUGGAGGCUUCGGCUAAGAAGCACGUUCCGGAGGUAGCGACGGUCAAUGCCAAGAUCACGCGCCUGGAAGGCAUGUACAACCUUGCUGAUAGCCAAGCUAAGGCGGAUGUGAAGAGGAUAGCUAGUCUGAAGAACCGAAAUAACGGGAAGAAGAAAAUUGCGGCCUUGGCAAUAAAGGUGGCUAAGCUGAAGGAGGAGCUAGAACGAGCUAAAGAGUCGGCCAGUGCUUCUAGGCAGACGCAUGUAGACGAGUGGCAAAAGUCUGAAGAUGGGGUGACCUAUCUAGCUGAUGUCGCCCAACGGUCCAUGGACAUUGGUGAAAAGACCACUCAUGACAGGAUGAGGGAGGCUCUUAAGCGCUGUUUCCCCGAAGUUGACUACAAUAUCGUUUGGGAUGAGUGUGAAGCUAUUCGGUUGGCUGAGGUGGAUGCAUUGGCUCAAGAGAUAUAUGAUCUUGAGCACUUCAGGCUUUAUUAAAUGCGGGCGCGACUCAAGAUGGGGCAGCUGAGUAUGGGAUUGGCCCGAUGUGUAUGUCUACCUGGAUGGCAACGUGGAUAUUGGUGAUCCUAUAGGUGGGAACCACCUCCUCACAGUAUCUUCGAGAAUGGUAUGGGGUACUCUGACUCGAGUAGGAGUUCUCCAUGGCCGUGGUGGUGGCUAGUGGUUUUGCUUGUAGGAUUUUGGGCAACUGUUGCUCCUUAGGAUUUUAUCUCUCCCCCCCCCCCCCCCCCCCUCCCCCGAAGUAUGAGCAAUGUUGCCUUUGUAGUGUGUUUUUACCCGAAGUAUGGGCAAUGUUGCAUUUGUAGUUUGUUGUUUUCGAAGUAUGGGGAAUGUUGCCUUUAUAGUUUGUUGUUUUCCGAACUAUGGGCAAUGUUGCCUUUGUAGUUUGUUGGCGUUGCCUAUACAUCUGGGGUGAGUAUUGGCUCUACUAAUGAAAUAUCUAACUUUUUCUA